AUGGGAAGGUCACUAUCCGAAGGUGGGAUCGAAGCUGUGGGAGGAGAUGCAGUUGAAUGUGAGUCCACAGAUACAUCUGACGAACUAUGCUCAAUCUCAUCAGCAGAAUAUGUGAUAGAAGGAGAGUCAGAAACAUGGACGGGUAAAGACGGAAGAGGGGCUGGAAAAAAGGGCUUUCCCCCCCUAAUAAAAGACCUCACAAGAAGAUAUCGUAUUUGUAUCUUAGUGCUUUUGGAAACCCGUAUUGGUGGACUGCGUGCAAAGCAGGUGGCUAAAAGCCUAGGGUUCUCUAAUUUUUUUAUUUCUGACCCGAUUGGUUUUUCAGGAGGCAUAUGGAUUCUUUGGAAUUCAUCUGAAGUGAAUAUCCAAGUUCUGCAUACUGAUCAUCAAUUUAUUCAUUCAAAGAUAAGCUGGCUUAAUUAUCAUAAGCAUGAAUUUUUCACCUUUGUUUAUGCUAGUCCUCGGCGUCAAGAGCGUCAUGCUCUAUGGGAUGCUUUGGAGAAUAUUCAGCCGCAAAAUAAUAAUGAAUGGUGCAUUAUGGGUGAUUUUAAUACUUACAUUCACUCGGAGGAGAAGAGGGGGAGUUCAGUUCACAAUUGGAGGAGCAUGCAGGAUUUUCAAGAUUGUCUUAUGUCUUGUCAUCUUAGUGAUCUGGGGCACCAAGGUCCGAGUUUUACUUGGAGAAGAGGUAAUCUUUUGGAGAGACUUGAUCGUGCUUGUGUAAAUCAAAGCUGGAACAUGUCUUUUCCGAACAGAGUUAUCUCUCACCUUCCUUUUUAUAACUCUGACCAUCGUCCAAUCCUUCUUUGGGAUGGACAACCAAAUUUUAGUAAUGGAGGGGCUCGUCCUUUUCGUUUUCUAGCGGCUUGGUUGACUCAUAAUUCUUUCUCUGAUCUAGUGAAGAGGUGCUGGGCAGGUGGUCACAAUUGGAAAGCAUCUAGUGAAAACUUUCGAGAGAAAGCCACAUCCUGGCAUAAGGAUUGUUACAAGGAGGAGGAGAAGUUAAAAAAUAAUCUUCAUUCUCGCCUCCGUGGAAUUGAUUAUAGCUUAAGUCAACAUCCUUGUCAUUCUCUGGAGAGGCUGCAGAAAGAGAUCUGGCAACAGUUAAAUACUAUUUAUCUUAGAGAAGAGAUUACAUGGUACCAAAGAUCUAGAACUGACUGGAUUCGGUUUGGUGACCGUAAUACUAAAUUCUUCCAUUCAGCAACAGUUGCCAGGCGUAGGAGGAAUAGGAUUGAUGCCCUUCAAAAUGAUGUCGGGGAUUGGAUUGCUGACCCUUCUCUUCUCAUGAGUAUGGCAGUGGAAUACUAUGAUAAUUUAUAUAAGGAAGAUAUUCCUCUCCGGCCUAAUUUUCCCAUUAGGAACAAAUUCCCAGAAAUGGAAAUGAGAGUUAUGAUGGCUCUUGAGAGCUGCCCUAGUAGUCAAGAGAUUAAAGGAGUAGUGUUCUCAAUGGGGCCUUUUAAAGCGCCUGGUGUUGAUGGUCUUCAUAGCAUAUUUUUUCAAAGCCAAUGGGAUGUAGUGGAGAGCUCUGUUUGUAAUUUCAUUAAGGGAGUCUUCAAUGAUCCUAGUCGUAUAGAAGAAGUGAAUCAGACUCUUCUUUGCUUGAUUCCUAAACUUGAGAAUCCUCAUACUUUCAAGGAUUUUCGUCCGAUUAGCUUGUGUAAUGUUAUUUAUAAAACGGUAACAAAAAUUGUUGCUAAUCGUUUAAAAUUGCAGAUGGACAAGCUGGUGAUGCCUAAUCAGUGCAGUUUUAUCAGAGGUAGACAAGGUACGGAUAAUGUCAUAAUUGCUCAAGAGCUAAUCCAUUCAAUGAGGAAAAAGAGAGGAUCUAAAGGUUGGAUGUCGAUCAAGGUUGAUCUUGAGAAAGCAUACGAUAGGAUCAGUUGGAAUUUCCUUCAGGAUACCCUAUUUGAUGUAGGGCUUCCUGAAAAUUUGAUAAGACUAAUUAUGUUGUGUGUUUCAUCUUGCACUAUGAAUGUUCUUUGGAAUGGGGCUUGUACUAAAGAAUUUCGGCCAACUAGAGGCUUAAGACAAGGAGAUCCUCUUUCUCCUUAUCUUUUUGUCCUCUGCAUGGAAAGACUAGCCCAUCUCAUUUCUCAGGCAGUGGAUCACAGGAGGUGGAAGCCAGUGAGGAUUAAAAGGGGAGCUCCACAAAUUUCCCACUUAUUUUUUGCUGACGAUCUCCUUUUGUUUGCAGAAGCUUCUCAGGAGCAAGUGUUAAUAAUUCAACAGGCCUUACAUAUAUUUUGUGAUUCAUCUGGUCAAAAAGUCAAUCAUAGUAAGACUAGAGUUUUCUUUUCUCAGAAUGUGGGUCAUACUCAAGCAAACCAUCUUAGUGGGCUUCUUGGUUUUUCUUUGACUGCGGAUCUUGGAAGAUACUUGGGAAUUCCUUUGCAUCAUAAGCGAGUGGGUCGGUCAUCUUUCUCUUAUGUUUUGGAUCGAAUGAAUUCUAGAAUUGCUGCUUGGAAUCAUGCCAGUCUAUCUCUAGCAGGUCGUGUUACAUUAUCUAAAGCAGUGUUAUUAGCAAUCCCAUCAUAUCCAAUGCAGGUGUGUUCAUUACCGCAAGUCACCUGUGAAGAGAUUGAUAGGAAGAUUCGAAAUUUUGUUUGGGGUUCAUCUCCACACUCUAGACGUUCUCAUCUUGUGGCCUGGAAGCAGAUUUGCAUGGAUAAAAAAAAUGGAGGCCUUGGACUGCGGAAUAUGAGGGAAAUGAACUCAGCAUUUAUCAUGAAGGUUGGGUUCAACCUCGUAGCUCAUCCAGAUGCCUUGUGGUCAAAGUUCUUACGUGCUAAGUACAAUGUGGAGGCAGGCAUGACACCAAUUAUUCAUGCUCCAAACAGCAGCUCCCAGCUUUGGAAGGGAAUUACGCGUCAUUGGAAUAUUAUAAUGGAUCAUAGUCGGGUGCAAUUAGGCAAUGGUUCUCAGUUUUCUAUUAGUGAUACUCUUCAGAAGGUGGUGGAUUACGUGGAUGAAUUGGGGCAAUGGAAAUGGAAUUCUCUUCGACAAUUGCUUCCAGAUUCUGUGUUGCAUCGAUUUAUGAAUUUUCUUCCUCCUUCUAGUCAAGAUGGCCAGGAUCAUUUAAUUUGGAAUGGAACGACAGAUGGCAAGUUUACUGUUAAGUCAGCAUAUGCAAUAUUAGCCAUCAAAGAUACUACAAUCCAACAGUUUCCUUGGGAAAGUGUUUGGAGAUGGCAGGGGCCAGAAAGAAUUCGCUUUUUUCUUUGGUUAAUGGCAUGGGAGAAGCUGAUGACUAAUGUUUGUAGACUCCGCCGCCAUAUGGCUCUUUCAGAUUUGUGUCCUAGAUGUAAUCAGUCUAGUGAAACUAUCCUUCAUACUAUUCGCGACUGUCCACAAUCAAAGGAAGUAUGGUGCAUGAUAAUGCCUCAUAUAAAUCAGCGUGAAUUUUUCAACCUCAACCUGCACAAUUGGAUCAUUUCUAAUUUAGACAGCUCAAAGGAUUGGGGGAUGGGGUCGGACUGGCCUCUUUUAUUUGGAAUCUUAGCCUGGAAAAUUUGGAAAUGUAGGAAUUCUUGGGUUUUUGAAGGUGAUCGCCAGAAUGCUUAUUCACUUAUCCGUUCAGCAAUUGGUUUCAGAGAUAGUGUCGCUCUUGCAGCUAACCCUGUUUUUGGAGCGGGCAAUCAACCAAGGAAUCGAAUAGAGAGAUUGGUUGCUUGGUGUUGUCCUCCUGUGGAUUGGGUUAAGCUUAAUGUUGAUGGUGCAUGUGAUGCUAAUGGUACUAGGACUGGGUGUGGAGGAGUUUUUCGCGAUGCCUCAGGAACUUGGAUCGUCGGAUUCUGUAAAAAUUUAGGCUCAGGUACAGUUUUGCAUGCUGAGUUAUGGGCUUGCUUGGUUGGUUUGGAGCUAGCUUGGGAUAGAUGUUUUAGGCAAGUUUGGCUCGAAGGAGAUUCUCUUUCAGCUCAACAGCUCAUUACAAAUGGGUGCCACCAUGAUUACCCUGCGGCUAAUUUGGUGAAUCGUAUUCGAAAUUUAAUGCAGCGAGAUUGGCAGAUUUAUAUGUCUCACAUUCACCGUGAAGGAAAUAGAGUAGCAGACUUUCUAGCUCUUACUCUUAUGGUUUCUCUUGGGAGAAUGGAGUAUCCGUCUAUUUCAUCACUCUCUAAUCUGAAAGAAGAAACUCUGAUUGUCGAAAAGAAGUCCAAGAGGAAGAACAAUAAUGCUGAAAAGAAGAGAAAGUGGUUGAUUUGCAUUGGAACUGAAAAGAGUAAAUCCAAAAAGAAGAGAAGAUCCCAACAUCAGGAACUUUCUGAGCCUCGGAAGGAGUCUCCUUACUUUCAGAAUGACCACAUGAAGAAGGCAGAUAUUAUAGGCUUGCCAGAUACUUCUGGAAAUUUUCCGCAGAACAAUCAUGAAGAGAACAGAGAUAAAAUUUUGAUUGUGAACGGGUUGAAAAGGCCAAGAGUAAAGCGAAAAAUUUGGGCCUAA